AUGAUUUCGGUCGUUAAGGGGCGGUUGGAGAAUUUUGAUGGUUGGUCGGAAGGCAAAGAUUUCGUGGUGUGGCAUGGAAAUUCGGAGUUGGGUUUUUCCGUUGCUUCGUAUUAUGCCUUUUAUGAGAGAUUGUGCAUUCCCUUCGGUCCUCAUAAGAAGUAUAAAAAAGUUUUUGGGCUAGUGUGGAAGAUGGAAGUGUCGUUCAAAAUCAAGGCCUUUGGUUGGAGACUUCUUCAUAAUAAGCUACCCACUAAGGAUCUCUUGGUUCUUAGAGGUAUUUCUUUCUCCUUGGAUAAUUUAAAUUGCAUUUUGGGUGGUAGUUGUUCAGAGAAUAGGAAGCAUUUCUUUUUUGGUUGUUGGGUGCUAAAUAAGGUUUGGAGUGAAAUUGCUUUUUGGGUGGGUAAGGAGGAUAGUAGGGAGGAAGAGUGUUGGCCGAAUUUUAUAGAUUGGUACCUUUACUUUCGUAGUAAUAAGGUGAAAGAUAGAAAAUUGGGUGUUUUGUGGCUAGCUACUACUUGGACCCUUUGGUUGCUAAGGAAUGGGGUGUGUUUCCGGAAGGAUAGUUGGAGCGUUAAUAAUAUCGUUUGGAACAUAAAGUUUCUAGUUUGGAAGUGGUCUUUUUGUGGGAAAAUUACUCACCCUAAUUACUCCUUUUACGAGUUUUGGAAGGAACCGUUGUUUUUUCUCUUGUAA